AGGUGCUGCUGCUGCUGCUGCUGCUGCUGCUGCAAGGGAGAAUUCGUCAUUUGAAUUCGUGAUUCAAUGCCCCGCAGGAGUUUUAUCAGGACAAAGAAGGCAAGCCUUAGCACGUCGCGCAAACGAGGAUCCCAGCCGCGUCUCCACUCGUGUCGAAUCAUGCCAUCCACCUUUCUUAGCGUUCCAUCUGCUCUUGACGUUCCACCAUCCACCUCCCCGGGACAUCUACAAUUCGCCCCGUUCCCACAUCAAAGAGUUCACCGAGAUCGCACCCCCGAUCAGGCGUGCAACCUUGCCUGCGCUUCGCUCGCUAUCCCAAAGCAGCCUGCGAAUCCGCAAAGGACGCAUCCAUCCACAGCAAAACAAACGCCAAAACCCAAUCAAUCUCGCAGCUCCAUCGUAGCACUUGGUGCUCAAUUUCGCACAGGCUCCGUUUGUUUCUGCAACGGCGAUGAAAGGGCUCAAAGAUUUUCGUCGCUCUCUGAACAAGGACAGACAGUCGGGAGGACGUCCAGGCGCAGCGGCGCCUGCAGUCUUCACUGGCGUGAAGCACGCGGUGUCUAUCCAGCCGCCCAAGAAGGUCAUCAGAGCGACACGAGACUACAGGUCGAGAGCACCACAAGAGCUCAGCUUCUCAAAGGGAGACUUUUUCCACGUCUUGUCCGAUGAAUCGGGAAAUCCAGAGUGGCUGGAAGCGACGAAUCCGGUUUCGAACGCUCGCGGUCUCGUACCUGCCGCAUACUUUGACAUUCUCACAAAUGCCAGACCACCUGGCGCCGGCGGAAGCGGCUCAAAUCUGAGCUCGCCUACACUGGGAGGCCCUGCGGGAUCCGUGAGAAGUACAGCCGCAGGUGCAGCCGUCACGGCCAAGGGUGGCGGCGGGCUGUAUGCGGUGGUGAAGUACGAUUUCUCUGCAGAACGUGCAGACGAGCUGGAAGCAAAGGCGGGCGAGCCAAUCAUUGUGAUUGCUCAGUCCAACUUUGAGUGGUUUGUUGCCAAACCUAUUGGCCGGCUAGGAGGCCCUGGGCUCAUCCCGGUAGCAUUCGUCGAGAUCAAAGAUUUGGCUACCGGCAAGAUCGUCGACAAUGUGCAAGAGUUGAUCGAGAGCGGGGUGGUGCCCAAGGUGGAGGAGUGGAAAAAGAUGACGGCCGACUACAAGAAGAAUACGAUUCCACUUGGCCGCUUCGACUUUGGAGGUAGUGCACCGGUCAGCAACUCCCCUUUCGGCUCAACAGACGUAGCGGUAUCAGGCGCUGCCAUUCCGCCAACCCCGCCUUCAAAGGACGCGGAAUUAAGCUCGAGUGCGCGCUAUGGAGACGUGCAACAGGGCGGCGAAGUUGAGGGUGCUGUGGAGCUGCCUGCUGGCAUGUCACCUGGAGAACCCCUACCGGCGGGUUUGGUCACCUCUGCCACCGUGGACUCCUUCCACUUUGAGCAGGGCGACUAUUGGUUCCGCAUACAAGCUGCCCACGUCGCGCACGAUCCCUUGCCAGGUACGGAUCCUGAAAGUCGCAUUCCGCGUGCGCCUAAUGGGGAAGAGCGGGAUUUGAUCUUGUACAGGCUGUACGACGACUUUUACGAAUUUCAGAUUGCGCUGCUGGACCACUAUCCCGCCGAGGCGGGUAGGGAGACGAGAGCUGAUGGAACCCCCUCCGAACGAAUACUGCCGCUGAUGCCUGGCCCAUUGGAUGAAGUGGACGACCUCAUCACCAGUCAGAGGAGGGUCGACUUGGACGCCUACAUCGUCGAGUUGACCUCGCUGCCGGAUUACAUUCUGAAAUCCGAGCUUGUGCGUCUAUUCUUCGAACCGCGGCCGGGAGAUCACUGCACCACCCACCCAUUAGUCGCGGGCGCUAGUGUGGAAGGAGAGCUUGGAAAGGAAUACAGUUAUCUAUCAGGCGCCCUCGGCAAUCGCGCCAGCGUCGCGCAAGGUACUGGGGUCAGCAACGGAACCAACAAAUAUGCGGAAGACAUGCCAGUGGGUAAUCAUGUCGACGACAUGUCGAGGAGUGUCGGCAACCUCAGCAUUGGAGAGAAUGGGCAGCGAGUUUCGGGGAGAAGCAGCGAUCUGAGAAGCGACACCAAGUCUGCAGGUUCCCAUCUCAAUCCUCACGGCUCAAUGGCGAGAAAUCACUCCGCAGCGACUUUCGAAUCGCAGGGAUCGAAUGCAUCCGGAGCUUUGCGGCAUCAACCAAGUUUAGGAAAUCAGUCCAGCAUGUCAGCAGGAAGCUACAUCAAGAUCAAGAUUUUCAACAAGGCCAACGACGACUUGGUGGCUAUCCGCGUGCCACCAAAUGUCACGUAUGCUUCAUUGCUCGACAAGGUCAAGGAGAGGCUGGGCAACGAGCUGGCGGCGCUGCGCUACAAGGACGCGCCACCAUCGGAGGGAGGCAGCGGUCACAAUGUUCGGCUCUAUGACGAUGACGACUUGAAGGAGUGGCUAGGCAGCGGAGCUAAGCUGACGCUGUAUGCAGACGUCAAGUGAGAUGGGGCCAGCGUCGCGCACACUUUGACAAAAAAUCUCCCCUUGCACGCUGCUACCCAUCUGGACCCGCAUUGCCUCGCUGCUCGUCUCUCGCCUCGCCUCCAACAACAGGACCAGCCUUCGGUGCCGACCGACCCACCUCGUCAUUCCACGAUACCCACGACGAGGGAUGGGAAGUCUUUAGCAUGCCAUCCUUCCGUGAACUCGCCGCCGUCUGAGCUCGGUGCGAAGACGCAACGCGCCUUGUCGUCGGCUUUGUCUCUUCCUGCUACGAUGGUCCGCACAUUGUCGCUCCGUCACGGAUCAACUUAUCCCAUCGCUUUGCUCCGUCUCCAACUGCCGUUGUUGUCACCAGCAAGUCCUUUAGUAUUUCACCUCAUGGCUGCAGAAUAUUUGCGCACGCGCUCUACUUUCCUCAUGACUGACUUGUGGACAUUAGGAAAAUUCCAUGCUGAAAGC